UAUAAUCUACAAUAGCAGCCAUUUUGAUCGUUGUCUGUGGCUUCCAAUAAACUCCAUUGACGUAUAAAAAACGACGCCGGCUUGGCGGUCUUUUGCUUUUAGUAAAUUAUUGUUUCAAAUCAAAUUAUAACACGUAAAGAUGGCUUACAAGGGCCCACCAAAAGUGCAAAAGGUGAUGGUACAGCCCAUCAACCUUAUAUUUAGAUAUUUACAAAACAGAAGCCGCGUACAAAUCUGGUUAUACGAGAACUUGAAUUUGAGGAUCGAAGGCCACAUCGUGGGAUUCGACGAAUAUAUGAAUAUUGUAUUGGAUGAAGCUGAGGAAGUGCACACGAAAACGAAAAAUCGGAAGCAAAUCGGUCGUAUAAUGAUGAAAGGCGACAACAUAACGUUGAUUCAAAAUGUCAAUCCGAACGCUACAGUAUAAGCUAGGGGUUAUGAGAAGCAAAUGGACAAUUCUAGCUGAUAAGUGUGAUGGUUACUGUCUGUGAAAUGUGAAAGUGUUUUAUAGAUUUCCACACAUACUUUUUUUCAUUAAAUUUAAGAUACAAA